ACAGACUUGCAUCAGUUCAUAUUGAGAAAUUGUAAACGCGAGAAUAAAAAAUAAUUUAAUCACAUCAAAAGCAAUGGGCCGUUUUUUUCUUAAUUCAAUUGCUAUAUUCAUGGUUCUACUAUGCAGUGGAAGUAGUGUAAACUCUGAUGCUACCGCCCAGCAAAAGCAAAAGGACCAACAUUAUACAAAUGUGUUUACCACUAGAAAUAUGGCAGAAAUAUUGCAAACCGACUUGGGUGUCUUGAAGAGGAGAUGCCAAGAACAACUUAAAAUUGUUACUGCCUUACAACCACGAGAAGGAUCUGACGAAUCCGAUAAUGGCAUUUGCGAACGUGUCACUGGCCUCUUCGAUAGCAUUAAUCACAAACAUAAAACUUUUAAAGAUCUCAUUAUUGAAAAACUGGAUGAUAUGCAAAAUGAUCAGAGUUCAUUUUCUCAAGAGAUUUUAAGCCUAAGAUCCUGUUCUACUGCUGGUUCUACAGCGCCAGCUGAUGCCAACAUGCCAAAAUCUUUGAAUGGAAUCAAUGAUAAAAUCGAAAAACUACAGAAGUUAUUGACAACGCUCACCUCUCAACGUAAACUCGUGGCGAACCAAAAUGAAGAACAACUGAAUCUGCUGCAGGAAAUCAGCUCUAAACUCGUUCAACAUGAGGGAAAAUUUGAGAUUUUUGAAAAACAAAUACCAAAUUUGGCAAAGGCUUUAAAUGAGAGCAAAACGUUGCCAAAAAACAAUGCUAGGCUACGUAUGGAUCUUAUUUUGGGAAUGACACAAAAAAGAGGUCAAUAAUUCUCAAGCGAAAAGUUGGAGGAUGAAUGUAUGUAAAAAUAGGUGGAACGUUCAAAUUGUCAAACAAAUAAAAUGUCAUAUUAUUUUGGGGAAGAAA